UAGUAAGAAAUACACAAUUUCAAUACAUGAGAUGAAGAACAAAUAUUGGAGAAUUUCAAAACACAAUACGAAAAUUUGACAGAUGCCAUAUUGUAAUAUUGUAUUCGAAGUAAUCGUGUGCACUCCGCUCAUUUCAUUCGGUACCAACUACGUUAUAUUUUUGUGUCACAUAAGUGUCAAAUGCUUCUGCUGUGGAUAUUUCACCGCGGUGGUCUUAUUAUUUAUUACACAAAGUAAUAUGAGGAAUAGUGAAUACAAAUUUUAUGCAGUCAAAGUUAUAUACUGAUUGAAUAACAUAAACAACAGCUUUUGUCUUCGAGUCAAAUUGGAAAAUACUAGAUUUAAAAAUCUGAAGCACAGCUGACACGAGCUCUUGAAGAGGAACGCAUGCAUUUCUUUACAAAUGUUGGGAGAAUUGAUCAGGAAUAUUUCGAUACGCCGCCGUCGUUACUUAUUGUUUUAACGUAUUUAUCACUACAUCUCGUUUACACAAACACUGAUUAUUAACACGUAACACUAACACAAUUACAACUUCGCUGUAUACACUUACGACGUACGAGUAAAUUUGGCGCAAUGUAUCAUUUUGUAGCUCAACAGGCACCAAAUCUGGUCCAAAUAAGUGAGAAAAUUAAAAUUCCUGGACAUAUACGUCAAUAUUUCAAAAAUUUUCAAAUUGAUGCUAUACGCUUUCUCCUUCCGCGAUUAAUUAAACAUGAAUUCAGUGUUUUUAAUGACGAAAGUGGGUUGGGAAAAAGUGCAGUCGUAUCAGUUCUACUUGGAGCUGUGGCAUUGUAUAAAAAAUGCUUAAUCGUUGUUAAUGAUGAUGACUGUGUAAUGAGCUGGCAAUUCCAUUUGGAUGUAUUAACAAAUUUAUCUGUCAUGUUAAUUAAAAGCGACAAAGAUUUUACAGAUAACGUUUACAAUGUAUAUAUUGCAAAAUGGAAUACUUUGAGAUCAAUCGAUUUGAGUAAAUUCAAGUUUGAUUAUAUAGUCAUUGAUAAUCGCGGCGAGAUGCUAAAUAAUAGUUUUUGUACAUCAAUGUUGAUUAAAAACUAUGAGAGAAAAGUAGACAUAAUAAUAUCCAGUAUUGAUAUCACUUCUGAUGUCAGACUUUUGUAUAGUAUUUUACGUUUGGGUGGUCUUUUGGAAAAUAAAUAUCAAUCGUACAGUGUUUUUGAAAAUCAUUUUAAACUGCCUGCAUUGAAUGAUUUAUCAUCGCGAAAAAUAAAAUUAGAGGAAUACUACGUUAAACGAGAAAUUUUAAGUAACUACUGCAAAGACUUUCGAUUACGUCGAUUUUGUUAUGAGUUCAAGGAUGACUUGCCUUUGGUAAAGGGGGAUCGCCACAAAAUCAGCUUAGGAUUAUGGCGCACAGCAACUAAUAUAAAUGAGACACAAUCCAGUAGUGAGACUGUGAACAAUAUUGCGAUGUCGUUAGAAAAAAUAAAACCAAACGGUGCCGUCACGAAACUUUUAGACAAUUCAAAGGUCAUAAAUGUGCAAGACAAAAAUAAAUUAAAAUUGGUUAUAGAUAAUGUUGAAAAAAACGAAGAAGAAUCCCCUCUUAUGUCUCCUUUAUUGCUAUUAUCUGAUUCAGACGUUGAGUCUCUAAUUGAAGAAAUUGUUGUUAAUUGUGAAAAAUCAGAUUUAGUAUGUUCAGACAAACAACCUGAAAUAGUGGAUUUAUCAAGUAAUGAUGCUAUAUCUGUGGAUACUAAAGUAACUGGAUAUAUUAGAGCUGAAAAUCCUAAAACUAAACCUGUUAAAGUACAUGUUCGAAACAUAAAUUCAAAUGAGAAAAACAACAUUACUAAGAAAGAGGUACAGAAGUGUAUGAAACCACCUACGGUAUCUAAUGUAAAAGAUAAUGUAAAAAACAUUCGCACAAAAUGUACUACAAGUGCAGAAAAGCCUUUACUGACUAGAGAACGCAAGACUGUGAAAAGAAAAGACUCUGAAACUUCAAUGAAGGCGGAUAAACGAACAGCAAAUAGAAAUAAAUCCACUAUAACAGUUCAAAAAACUUGUCCCGAAAAACGUAAGAAAAUUAAUUCAUCUGACAAAAAUGAAACAGAACUUAAAAAGAUAAAAAGAUUGGAACAAACUCCAAAACCAUCAAAAUCAGUAACUACGGAGGUGCAAAGUAACGAUAACCCCAUCAAUAAGAAAUCACCGACAAUAAAGACACCGAAGACACCGAAGACUCGACGUCGUUCCAUAGUUUUGCGAAAUGUGGAAUGGAAGGCGACACGGAGAAUGUCAAGAUUGACUCGGCAUGCUUUGCAAUCUGCUAAUAAUAAAUAUUUGCGAAACAAUUUAACGCUAAUAAUAGACCCUAAAACCGAUCCUGACGUUUUAAGAAAACCAACUAAAUUGAAGAAGAACAUUAAAACAAAAUUAAAUAAAGAAGAAACGAAAGAAAAAAAAGGAAGUGAAUCAACUAAAGAAUUCAAAGUAAAUAUCAAAGUAUGCAAAAAUAAUACAGAUACAAAACGAAAUCGAGAAAAGCUUAUUAAUAAAAAAAAUGAACAUAAAAAACAGGUUAAAAAGAAUACUAAUUAUUCGAGUGAACUUCCAUUAGUAUCAUUAUGUUCAGAGUAUGAAGAUAUGCAAUGUGCUCAAGGUCCUCCUUCUAGUUUCAAUAGUCAGAGAAUAAGAACAGAGUUUCUGGUACCACCAACUCCACCUGCUUAUAUGGCGGCAUUAGCUAACUUACCGUCUGCAUCACUAACUGACAACGACAUUAUAUAUGUCUCAACAAAACAGAAUGUAAAUAACAAAAAUCAAGACAUUAUAGUAUUAUCCAGUUCGCAAGAAUCAUCACAAUCAAAUCAAAGUAGACGCACAAUUGCGCUUAAGCAGAAAAAAGCCCUAAGGCCGUCAAAGAUAAAAGAAGAAAUUCGAACUACAUUUGUCGAUGUAUUUGAUAAAUAUAUUGAGCGUAACAAAGAACAAUCACCAGAUCUAUUCAGCAAUUGUUCAGACUUACCUAUAACUUGCACUCAAGCAAACAAGAACAUACCGUUUGAUGGUUUCAAAAUAUUUGGUUCCGAAGUUAAACAGUUACAACAACAAACUGCACUGCUAGAUAAGAAGAGAAAAGUGCAAUCUCGUUCAUGUUUAGAUUUACUCGAAAAUAUGUUCGAUCCGAACUUAAAAAAAAAUGUUUUAAAAACUCUUGCAACUACCAGAAAGGACACUGCAACACCGCCUAUUUUACCCGCACAUCCAAUUGCAGCAAUCACGAAUUUACAAAACAAGCAAGAGCUGAAUACAAUAAAAAAUUCUAAAAAUAACAAGGCGGCUAAAAAGUCGAAUAAUAUUGUGAAUGACGAUAUAUUUGAAAUCACCACAAAUGAUAUUUUCGGAAGUACAAUGCGGAUCACUGCUAAUGGUGACGUAUCUCCAAUUCGUACAAAAUCGCCGUCAACACACAAUAAUAACCAUAAUAAAAUUACAAAUUAUUUGAUUGGUAACACAUAUUUAACACCAGUCGAUGAUGAGACAAAUAUUAAUGCUUCAAACAAACGGACUCAAAUAUUAGGUCCAAAUAAAACCAGAUCUCCAAAAUCAAAAACCACGCAGACUACGCAAACGACUAAGCUGACAAAAUGGUUUCAUAAAAAAAAUUUAUCUGAUGUCGGCAAAGCUGCUGGUAUUAGUACGCGAACUGUCAAUCCCAUUCAGCCCAAAACACCUUCUUCAAUAAGUGUAAUCACUACACCAAAAACUAGAACAAAGACGUCGGAAGAGAACAUUAAACAAUUUAAGAGACGUUCUGAAAAUAUCAAAGAACCUCGCAGAAGUAAACGUCUGGAUUUUACAGUUUAAGUUUAAGUUUAUAUGUUCAGUUCCAAUAGUCCGAAAUUUAUAAAUUAUAUAUAAAUUUGCAAUCGAUGCGAUUAAAAAGGUUCCAUGUGUUGUAUAUCUGCUAAAGAUUAACUAUUGGUGCAUAUCACCUAACUAUUUUUUAAUAUAAUAUAAUAUUUCACUUCAAUAUAAUAUUUUAGUUAAAAUUUAUAAAUAUCGAGCUUUAUGGUUGGAAUGAAACCAGUGCGCUUCCAUUGUAUGAAAUAUUUUUCAAAGUUAUUUUCCAACAAUUGGGAAUUAAAAUUACUACGGGAACUACCCCGUAUUUAGGUCGCACGGGCAAGGGCAAGGGCACGGGUAUAUAAAAGUUUCUGUAGAUAAAAGAUAAAAAGCAUCAACGGAGAGCACAUUUUUCGUAUUUGUGGCAAUGGUCGGCCGAAAAAGACAUUGCAGUGUACUUAAAUAAUAUUUAACUGCUAUUUUGAAACGUAAUAGAUAAUUCAAAAAUUG